UUGUAUUUUUUAGCAAAAGAAAAAGAGUAAAAGCUGCAGUUAACUGCCGCGUCGUCUCUCCACCACGUUCUUCCCUAGCCAUUGAGUUUAAUUAGCCACAACACAUCGGAGCUGAAACUUUUUUUUUUUUUCCUUUUCGGAAAAGAAACGGACGACUUUACCUCUCUCUCAUUCCCUCUCUUUCUUUUCGUUAACCUUCACUUCUCGCAUCUGAUUCUCUCUCUCUCUCUCUAUCUCACAGUUUACGAUCAUUUUUGCAGUAUCUUUUUAUCUUUCUCUAGUUCUUGAAACGAUUUCCUCUCUCGCAUAGAAUUCAUGAUCGAAAAUUCAGCUGUUCGACUCUUGUUAGGUUUUUGUUUCUAAACCUAUUUAUUUGUGGAAAAUAAUAAUAAUAAAAGGAAAUGCUACCAUGGAGUGGAAUUAGUUGCUGCUUAAGUGGCGCUGCUCUUUAUUUACUUGGCAGAAGCAGUGGCAGAGAUGCAGAGGCUCUUAAAUCGGUCACAAGGGUUAAUCAGCUUAACGAAUUAGCCAAGUUACUUGAUAUUGAAAGUAAAGUAUUACCACUAGUUGUUGCUAUCUCUGGAAGAGUUGGUUCAGAGACUCCCAUUAAUUGCGAGUAUAGUGGCUUAAGAGGUGUUAUUGUAGAGGAGACGGCUGAACAGCACUUCCUUAAACAUAAUGAUGCUGGAUCUUGGAUACAAGAUUCUGCCUUAAUGUUAUCAAUGAGUAAAGAGGUCCCCUGGUAUCUGGAUGAUGGGACUGAUAGGACAUUUGUUGUGGGGGCUCGAGGUGCCUCAGGCUUUGCGUUAACUGUCGGCAGUGAAGUCUUUGAAGAGUCAGGACGAUCACUGGUACGGGGAACUUUAGACUAUCUUCAAGGUCUCAAGAUGCUAGGUGUGAAGAGGAUUGAAAGGGUACUUCCUACUGGUACUUCAUUGAGCGUCAUUGGCGAGGCCGUCAAAGAUGAUAUUGGGACAGUUCGGAUCCAGCGUCCCCAUAAAGGGCCAUUCUAUGUAUCUCCCAAAACUAUUGACGAGCUCAUUGGAAAUUUGGGAAAGUGGGCAAGGUGGUACAGAUAUGCCUCAGUAGGCUUGACGGUUUUUGGUGUUUUUCUUAUUGCUAAGCAUGCUAUACAGUAUAUCAUGGAGAGAAGACGACGUUGGGAAUUGCAGAGCAGGGUUCUUGCUGCUGCUGCUAAGAGACAAGGUCAAGAUUCUGAUGGUUCAAAUGGAAAAGCUGAAAAUGGAUCAGACAGUAGUAAGAGAGAACGUCCAAUUCCAGAUUUAUGUGUAAUAUGCCUUGAGCAGGAGUACAAUGCUGUUUUUCUCCCGUGUGGCCAUAUGUGCUGUUGUACAGCGUGCUCUUCACAUCUGACAAAUUGUCCUCUUUGCCGGAGACGGAUAGAGCAGGUAGUAAAGACUUUUCGUCAUUGAAGAUUUGCUUCCAAGAUUUCAGCAAGCAUUCCAGUUAAAGACAGUUGUCAGGGAACUGAUUUCCUUUUCCAUCCAAGAAUAAGGUGUAAAAUCCUGCCAAUCGCAGCAAUAGCUUAUAACUGGAAGUGAUAUCUGUAAAUUUCUUCUCAACCGUUAUUCUGCCAUCAUCGCCAGUUUUUGCUGACAAUUAUUUUGGUCCUUGGGAAGAUUACGAAAUUAGUCAUUUCAUGGGCUCUGACAAUUUUUUUUUGCACUGUCGUCUUUCUCAGUUUUAGGAUGUAGAUGACUGGUAAAAAUUCAUCCUUCCUCGUAGUUUAAUGUCAUUCUCAUAAAUGUAUAAUGCAUUUACUCCAGAGUUGAAUUGAAUGUUCCGUUUGAUUACUGAAACGUUUUGUUUCAGCAACUUGUCAGCAUGAACAACAGAGAAGAGCAAAUCUUCUGCAGGUUGCCUAGAAAAUUUUUGCAAUAAUAUUUGUAGAUAUCUUCUCAAUCAA